AUGUCUAUAAUAACAGCAGCAGCAACUACUGCAGCUGCAACAGGACCCACAACCAAUAACAAUGGCAAUAGCCUAGCCACACCAUCCAUGCAUAAACGAACUCAUAGACAUAAACGAUCUCAAGCAAUAUCAGGUGACUUUGAUGCAAUGGGAUUAGGCUUAUUUAAUUCACCACCAUUAGCUUCUUCACCUAUAAAUAUUCAUAAACCACAACGUCAACAAGUACAUUUACCACAACUGCCGCCAUCUUAUCAAUCUCCAAUUCCAAUUCGCAACAACCAUAGUAAUGAUGCACUAUUACUUCUGCUGGUUAAUAAAGUAGAUGAAGAUAUGGAUAAAGAGAAUAAUGAAUUUGAUAGAUAUUAUCAAUUUAAUAAUAAACAAGAUUUCACUAAUGAUCCAACAGAUGAACAAUUUGCAUUUCCUAAUAAAGUACAUACCCCAGAUUUAUUAUCACCACCACCAAUACCACAACAACCACAACAUUCAUUUCCGGUUUCAUCUCCAAGGUCUCUACCUUCAACUUCACCAAAUUUAUCUAAAAAAUAUAGUAUGCAUUCUUUAAAUUCACCAAUACGGCUUCAACAUAGAAGAAGUGCAUCUCAUGUUACGUCAACCAAUCAUAGCAAUAGUAAUAAUAAUAAGAUUCCACCACCACGUUUCUUCUUGACUGAAGAAACUACAAUGAGUAAUGGAAAUAUCCCAAAUCCAGUCAUUGAUUUAGAUGAAAUCUUAAAUGUAAAUUUAAAUCUUAAUGACAAUAAAGAACAACCACAAUCGGUUAAGAAUAGACAUAUCCGUACUGAACUGCUUCCUGCAUUUUCUUCACAAGAUGAAUUCUUAGGUUCUCCAUUUAUAAAACAACAACCAAUUGUAACUCCUUUCUACUCGGCUACAAAUUCAUUCAAUAGUAAUUCAAGUAUAUUUCAUCAACCAAUUAGAGAAACAUUACCUGCUGAACCAAUUGUAGAAGAAGAAACUAAUCAUUCAAUCACCAUGGAAGAAAUUGAUCAAGUGACGGAUAUUUUAGAAGAAGAUGAAAGCGAAGAAGAAGUUCAAGAAAUGUUACCUGAAGAAAUUGAAUCAUUUGUAGAAACCCCCACGAUUCCAGCCCCAUUACCUCCACCAUUAACCCUCGGGGGAGGAUCGAAUUCAAGUUUUUAUCAAAUAACUUCGGCAAAUAGUUCAAAUUCAAGUCUAAAUCCAUCCAACCCCAAAAUCACAAUCGAGAAAACAUUAUCUAAUUCUUCAAAUGGUUCAUUCUUUGAUAAUAAACGUUCAGCAGCUAAAGCAAAUCGGUAUCAAAGUUUUUAUGAUCAAUCUAAUCGAAUCUCAAAUGCAAUGAAAUUAUCUUCAAGUACAGAUAAUGUUCACUUAAUCAGAACCGAUAGUAAUGGAAGUGGAAGUGGGAAUGGAAAUGGAAAUGUAAGUGUUGGAGGUAGUGGAGUUAUUAAUGGUAAUGCUACACCCCCAUUGGAUACAUCGUCAAAUUCUGCCCAGAAUGGUUCAAAUAAGUAUUUAAAUCAUUCAUCAUCAUUACCAAGUUUGAAAACAAAGAGAUCACUUACGUCACAUUCAUCAGGUGGUGGCGGUAUUUCUGGGUCUGGAUUUUCAUCAUCAUCGGCAACAAAAUUUCCACCACCUCCAUUAUCAUAUUCCAUCAGAUUUGGAGAAUUUAGAAGAGCAUCUCCAUCGACUUAUAAUUAUGAAGCAUUGGCUAAUUAUUAUUAUAAUAGUCAACAUCAACAUCAUCAUACUUCGAAAUUAAGUAAAGAUACUUCUGAUAUUCAUAUUGCAUCACUAAACAAUCACAAUCGUGAUAAUAUUAAUAAAUCUCCAAGUCCAAAGAAACAACAUGGAUUUAAUUUUAGUCCAAAUAGUUUAACCUCAGAUCUUUCAUCAGCCAUGAAUGAUACAAUCCAUUCAACUGAACAAUCAUCAAUGAUUUCCGGGAAUAAUGAAGAAGAAAUCACGCCUAGGACGGAUAAUUCAAGCGGUGAAUCGAUUUGUGAACCUGAACCAGAAUCAGAAGUCAUGAUCAAUGUCGAAAGAGUUGCCACUACCACCCCACCACCUCCUACCGUUGGAUCAGAAUUGACAGCACCUUGUACGAUUGUAAUCACAACUCCAAAAAUCAAUCAUAGUCCAUUUGACGAAGCUGAUGAAAAAGGUGGAUCUGAUUUUAUUGUCUCCAAUCAUGAAAUAACCCUAAUGAGUCCCCACAGUACUGUGAAUAAUGAAACAAUCGUGCUUGAUAUUGAUUCGGUGGCAGCCACAACAACUACAUCAAGUAAUAACGUCAGUGUAACAUCCACUCCUGAAAGUCGUAGGGCUAGUUCAUCAUCAUCACCAUCAACCACCCCAAAGAGAAGUAAUAAUAGUUCAUCAUCGUCGAUUUUGAGUGCUGGUUCGAAAUUGCCGAAAAGACCAGUCACGCCGGCGGAACUUCGGAUUUUGAGUCAGACCCAGAUUCCGGUUUUUAAGAAGGGGUCGAAAAAGCUGAAUCAAGUGAAACAAGUCCAAUCCCAGCCGGAAAUUGUUGCAAGAUGUGCACUUCCCCAGAUUCAGAAUGAAAAACCAGAACCUCACCCGCCUGCUGUGAAUAAACCCAAGAAACAAUCACGACUGGUACAUAAUUUGAAAGCUCAACCACCAAAUAAUGAGAUUAUUCGUAGUCGACAAGAUAUCGAAACCCGAGUCAACACUCCUGAAGAAAAAGGUGGGAUUGAAUAUAUGAAUAAAUUAGAAUAUAAAUCCCGUCAACAACAACAACACCAUAAACACGAUCAUAAUUUGGUCGUUCCCACGCCGUCGCAUACACAACAACAACGGUCGAGAAGAAGGAGUUCAAUUGCGUCAUCGAUAAGGUCGGGAAGCUCUUGGAUUAGAAGGAAAUCGUCGGCUGCGUUUGAUCUUAGUCAUGAAGGUGGUGGAGGAAGUCCUAGUGCUGGUGGAGGAGGGGAGGUUGAUGAUGAUGCGAGGUCGGUGAAUAGUAUAGCGUUGUCGAUGAGGAGUAUUAGUAGUAAGAGGAGUGUUAAUAAGUUGGUUAAUUGGAUAAGAAAACGAUAG